AUGGUAACACCGGACCAUCUGAGUGUAGAAGAUCCAGAAGAUGGUGCUCCACUGCUGCCUGUGGCUGCAAAUACAAUAACACCAACACCUGUGUGUCACAGACAGCGAGCUGUUUUAAAGAUGGAGUCCAGGGACUUCUUCCUAAACAGGAAGCAGAAUCUUGCCACUAGUCUGCUCUUGUUGAUAGGAUGCUACUUGGCGAUUCUGAUUCCGGCAUAUUACCCCUCAAACAAUGUGUCAUCAGUCAACAAUGACUACCCCUAUCCCAAGGAUCUGGCCUUACUAAAUCGGUCGGCCCUCCUGCUUUCACGCCCCUGUCAGCCUCGCUGGGGUCUGGACCACCUCAAGUCACUUUCCUGUUCAGAAAGCCUUCUGGACAUCCCAGUUUUUGUGCAACAGGACAACCCCGGGGCAUGGAAUCUGGCCCCUCCUCGGGGGCUCCAGGGGAGUGAAGAGCAUUUGGCCCUGGCCCUUGCCUCUAUGCCUCAGCCUGGUGUGCCUCCUUCUCUAAGUGCAAAAGGCAGGUGCAGGCGAUGUGUGGUGGUGGGAAAUGGAGGUGUUCUUCACGGGAGCCAUCUUGGAUCUCACAUAGAUCAGUAUGAUGUCAUUAUCAGGCUGAAUAAUGGUCCCGUGUCUGGAUUUGAGAGAGAUGCUGGGUCACGCACCACAAUCCGCCUGAUAUAUCCAGAGGGAGCACCUCACUCGGCCGAUGAGUACAAAAAGACCGCCAUGGUAGUUCUGGUGGUCUUUAAAAGUCUGGACUUGGACUGGCUAACUUCUGUACUAACCAAGCAGCCUCUGAGCUUCUGGUCCAAGAUGUGGUUCUGGAAGGAGGUAGUAGAUGAUAUCCCGCUGAAACCAGAGAGCUUCAAGAUCCUCCAUCCAGAGAUUAUUCACAAGACGGGACAAGUCUUACAGAGUUAUGCUCAGAACCAGGGAAAUAUGGUGCCAACAUCAGGAGCCAUUGCUGUGGGUAUGGCUCUGCAGCUGUGUGACCAGGUUAGCCUCGCCGGGUUUGGCUACAACAUGCAGCACCCAGAGGCCAGGCUCCACUACUAUGAGGCGAUACGCAUGGACACCAUGAAAGCUCAAGUGGUGCAUGACGUUAGCGCUGAAAAACUCUUCCUGAGGGACCUGGUGGCUGCAGGAGCCGUGACUGACCUCACAGGAGCCCUUUGAGUGAAUCCUCUAAACUCUGCAUGCACACCCCCCUAUCCCCUUCUGGGUGUGUCUGUGUGGAGUCCUCCGGUACCAGCUGUGCACAACCCACCCCAUAGUCUGGACUGACCUUUAAAGCACUUCCAGUCUCCAGGCCAAAAUCAUGACUGUAAAUGUUAAAUGCUGCAGAAGCUAACUUAAACAUUUCCAACUCAAAGAACUGAAUGAAUUUAGCAGGUAAUAUAGGAACAGUAUUAUUUGUAUAGAUGAAAAUUAAGGUUCAUGACAGCUUCUACUGCAAUAGAGCGCUUUGGUAAUAAAGCGGAAGCACACAUGAAGGAAAA